GGGGGGAGCAGCGCCGCGGCCGCCGCCGCCUCCGCCUCCGCCGCCUGGGACUAGGGGGUGGGGGGCGGACGAGUCCCGAUGCCGGGGGAGACGGAAGAGCCGAGACCCCCGGAGCAGCAGGACCAGGAAGGGGGAGAGGCGGCGGCGGCCAAGGCGGCUCCGGAGGAGCCCCAACAACAGCCCCCUGAAGCGGCGGCGGCGGCCCCUGGGGGGACCACUAGCAGCCGCGUGCUGAGGGGAGGUCGGGACCGGGGCCGGGCCGCUGCGGCCGCCGCCGCCGCUGUGUCCCGCCGGAGGAAGGCCGAGUAUCCCCGCCGGCGGAGGAGCAGCCCCAGCGCCAGGCCUCCCGACGCCCCAGGGCAGCAGUCCCAGGCCGCGAAGCCCCCGUCUCCAGCUCAGGGCAAGAAGAGUCCGCGACUCCUAUGCAUAGAAAAAGUAUCAUCUGACAAAGAUCCCAAGGAAGAGAAAGAGGAAGAAGGUUCUACCAUCCCUCAGGAAGUUUCCGUUGCUGCAACUAAGCCUAGCCGGGGCUGGCGUAGCAGUAGCAGGACAUCUGCCUCUCGGCAUCGUGACACAGAGAACACCCGAAGCUCUAGGUCCAAGACUGGUUCAUUGCAACUCAUCUGCAAGUCAGAACCAAAUACAGAUCAGCUUGAUUAUGAUGUUGCAGAAGAACAUCAGUCUCCAGGUGGCAUUAGCAGUGAUGAGGAGGAAGAGGAGGAAGAAGAGAUGUUGAUCAGUGAAGAAGAAAUACCAUUCAAAGAUGAUCCAAGAGAUGAGACCUACAAACCCCACUUAGAAAGGGAAACCCCAAAGCCACGGAGAAAAUCAGGGAAGGUGAAAGAAGAGAAAGAGAAGAAAGAAAUAAAAGUGGAAGUAGAAGUAGAGGUGAAAGAAGAAGAGAAUGAAAUUAGAGAAGAUGAGGAGCCUCCUAGGAAGAGAGGAAGAAGGCGAAAAGAUGACAAAAGUCCACGAUUACCCAAAAGGAGAAAAAAGCCUCCAAUCCAGUAUGUCCGUUGUGAGAUGGAAGGAUGUGGAACUGUUCUUGCUCACCCUCGCUAUUUGCAGCACCACAUUAAAUAUCAGCAUUUGCUGAAGAAGAAAUACGUAUGUCCCCAUCCCUCCUGUGGGCGACUCUUCAGGCUCCAGAAGCAGCUUCUACGACAUGCCAAACAUCAUACAGAUCAACGAGAUUAUAUCUGUGAAUACUGUGCUCGAGCCUUCAAGAGUUCCCACAAUCUGGCAGUGCACCGGAUGAUUCACACUGGCGAGAAGCCAUUACAAUGCGAGAUCUGUGGAUUUACUUGUCGGCAAAAGGCAUCCCUUAAUUGGCACAUGAAGAAGCAUGAUGCAGACUCCUUCUACCAGUUUUCUUGCAAUAUCUGUGGCAAAAAAUUUGAGAAGAAGGACAGCGUAGUGGCUCACAAAGCAAAAAGCCACCCUGAGGUGCUGAUUGCCGAAGCUCUGGCUGCCAAUGCAGGCGCCCUCAUCACCAGCACAGAUAUCUUGGGCACUAAUCCAGAGUCCCUGACACAACCUGCAGACGGUCAGGGUCUUCCUCUCCUUCCUGAGCCCUUGGGAAACUCCACCUCUGGAGAGUGCCUCCUGCUAGAAGCCGAAGGGAUGUCAAAGUCAUACUGUAGUGGGGCGGAACGGGUGAGCCUGAUGGCUGACGGGAAGAUCUUUGUGGGAAGCGGCAGCAGCGGGGGCACCGAAGGGCUGGUCAUGAACUCGGAUAUACUCGGUGCUACCACAGAGGUUCUGAUUGAAGACUCAGACUCUGCUGGACCCUAGAGCAAGGGAAGACUUUGGGCACUGGGACAGCUGAGACUUUGUAUUUAAAAGACAAAAAGGACAAAAAAAAAAAUUUAAAGCAUUUAAAAUCUAGUAAAAUAACUGAAGGGCCUGCUCUUUCCAUCGUGGAUCACAGCACACGCGCGCACACACACGCGCGCAUACACA